AUGCUAAUAAAAAACACAUUAAUUCCACCUCCAUCGCUGGACGAGACCCCAGAAUUCGAGUCCAUUUACGAGGAUCAUCCUAAUGAAAGUAGCAAGGAGAUAGAUUCAUCUGAGAUGAUGACAAUCGAAACCGCGAUCAAAUCUUGUCUGCAGAAUUUCUUUGAGAAGCGCAGAGCAAGUGGUGAUGAGCGACCGUGUGGACCGCAUGAUAUGGGACCAAUUUAUCGGGCUGUUUUUGGGAUUGCGAAGGAGGAUUUGAGGGAUGAGAAGUUUUUGAGUAGGUUGAGGAGGACUGGUCUUGGUGGGGAGAAACAGAGAGAGGAUAUUGUGAGUGGGAGUGUUUCUGGUAAAAAUAAGAAGAAAGGACAGAAGGGAUAA